UCUUUGAAUUAGUUUUCAAUUCGUGUCAUUUGAUCUAUUUCUCUUGUAACAACUUUAUUCUCAUCCUCACCUCAUUGGAAGCAUGAAUAUGAAGAAGAUUCUAACCUUUUGUUCAUCUCAAGACUGUGGAGAAAUUCAAGACAGGCGGAGGUCGAUCCUGGGAGGAGUGUUUGUGUUUAUAAUAGGGUGGGCUGGUGAAGGAAAUGAGCAACUCUCGUAGAGAAAUCUAGGGUCUAAUUUUCGGCCUGUUUCAAUGGACCCAUCAAGAAUUUCCCUCCGUCCAUUCAAGCUCUCCGAUGUUGAUGAUUUCCUGAAAUGGGCUAGUGACGAUAGAGUGACACGCUAUCUCAGAUGGAACACAAUUACUUCCAGAGAAGAAGCAUUAAAUUAUCUUGACAAAGUUGCUAUACCCCACCCUUGGCGUCGGUCCAUAUGUUUGGAUGACCGUUCGAUUGGCUACAUUUCAAUCAAACAAGAAGCAGGUGAUGAUAGAUGCAGAGCCCACGUAGGAUAUGCAUUGGCGGCAGAGUACUGGGGUCAAGGGGUAGUCACGGUAGCAUUGAAAAUGGCUGUUUCUAAAGUGUUUGAGGAAAUUCCAGAUUUGGUGAGAUUGCAGGCUCUGGUAGAGGUAGAAAAUAAAGGGUCUCAAAGGGUACUAGAAAAAGUUGGGUUCUUGAAAGAAGGUUUGUUAAGGAAGUACGGUUUCUGCAAAGGCGAAAUUAGAGACAUGUUUGUGUAUGGCUUCCUUUAUACCGAUAAGGUUAUGUGA